AUGGGCAGUGGUUACUAUGGAGAAGACAAUGCGCGACGUUCUAGGGGAAGUAUCUCACUCGCGGACAUUUGCAAGGGCAGUAUAGAUUUUGGACAUCUCAGAAGACUAUCUAGGUGUAUCAGCGACUUUCAAUUAUGUUAUCUUGGCUGCACACCUGAUAUCGUACGCCAAGCAAGCACGGUGGGCGGCACUCUUUCUACCUCACCUUCACCUCCGCAACUUUUCAUCGAUGAAUUGCCGCCUGAACAUUUGUCUGAUAAACAACGCAGACGCCGAUUCAUUUGGCAUCUUCAUGAACAGAACUAUCAAAAAUAUCUGACUUCGGCUUUGUGUCUUCACGUUGACAACAUUACUCACAACCUAGAACAGUCUGAUUUAGUGAGCCUGGCGAUGGACGUUACACCGACAGAACCGCCUUCAUCGUUGCCGCCCCGCUCGCCCUCAAUAAUGUCUUUUGACGAGACCACGGAUAUCGCAGCCCUCCAGAGCGUUGUCGCCGAUCUAACAAAGAGGAACAAAUUGUUAGAGGCCCAGGUUACUGAGGCAAUUUCAGAGAUCAAGGCUUCAUCGAACCGCGCUCAGACUCGCUAUUCAGAAAAGUUACUUGCAAACCGUAACGCCGAACGUCUUCAGCAGGCGCUCGAAAAUGAGCGAAGAGAGCGAGAAGAUGACCAGAUCAAGGCGGUUCGGUGCUAUCACAGUUUGAAAGAAACCAUCGCUGGCUUGAUCAAGGAGAAGGAUACUUUUUUGAAGACGAAAAGGAAGGAUUCAGCUACGGAUGAUGAAUCGCUGACAGCACAAGACGGUGCGGUUACACAUCUACAAGGCCAGAUUCAAACACAGCAAGACCGAAUCACCAGACUGGAGACGGCUCUGGCAGCUUCCGAGGCUACACAAAACAAACAGGCCCAAGCAAUUGAAUCAUCACUACCGGAGAGCCCUGCUUCAAAUGCGCUGGCCGCUUUGGACUUGGAAGCACAUGCGAUAGCCGUGGCCAGGCUCAAAAGCGCUGAGGCUAAACUUAUCCAAGAACGAAUCGUGUUCAACAGAGCAGUCGAGGGGACUAAGACCAGGUUCCAAAACGAAGCUAUAGAGAUGAAGCGGAAGUUUGAGCAAGCUCGCCAACAAGAAGAGCAGAAAAGCGUAAUGCUGCAGCAGCAGCUUCACGCCAAGACUAUGGAGGUCUCUUGGUGCAGGCAGCAAUUACAGAAGCAGCAAAUGGGCUUGCAGGCUUCGCAGAGUAGAUCUCAAAACAAUGUGGGCAAAUAUGCUGCUUCUCAAUUGGCACCCGAGCAAAAGAGCACACUUGAUGAGCAUGCGAAGAAACGGCAACGGGUAGACUCUGUCGGUGCUACCGGAACUCAGAUCCCUCAGUUCAACCGCGCCGUCUCCAGGCAAACUCACCCUGCGAACUCCAUUGUUACCCCGCAGUCACAGAGCAGUUCUGACGAUGGUUACCGACCAAGCCCUACUACACCAGCACAUCUCCCAUCGUCUUCAAGCACUUCAUCGCAAGAUCGACAUGAGAGACCUAUGACACAACAGAUGGCAAAACCAAUGUGGAUGAGUGAUUUCCAUCGCCGAAAGUUGUCGCAGAACUCAAAUUCGACCAAUACUCUAUCGUUAUCCUCCCCUCGGUCGACAUCGCAGCGAACACUGAAGCAGUCUACAUCUCAAGUACCGAAUCAGGGACCACACCCGAGCCAUAUAAGCCUCGCUGGGUCGAUUAAUCGGCCGCAGCAAAUGGAUCAGUCACAACAGAUGUACCAGCAACAACAGGCAGGCCAUGCUCCAAGACCUUUCUACCAACAACCCCGUUUGCAGCAACAGCAGCAGGUCAAUCCCCAGCAGCAGAUGUCUCGACAAAAACGAUCGACUGAUGGACCACAAGCAAGCGGUACAAUUCUCAAUACCCAACAACAGCCAUCUUUCGACUUCCAGGUGGGCCCGCAUGUUGCAAAUCAAGCGAGGGCAGCCAAGGGCAUUCAAGACACCAGAGAAUUGUCCUAUAGGCAAAUUCAAGCUGUGAUGCACAUACCAAAUCCCAAACUUCAAACUUUGGACAGAAGUGAUAUGACAGGAUCGCAGCAAGUGCAACAACACGAUUUCAAGGCAUCCGGUAAGGACGCAAUGCUACUGCAACCGUCGAUGAAUGUACCCACGACGCCAGGCAAGGCGGCACAAUUAUUCCUGCCCCAGAAUCGUCCGCAGUCAACAUUGGCAAAUGCGCAAUUCCAGUCUCCUGCCUCACAAUGGGCCGCCCAACAGCGUUUCGAGCGGAUAAUGAAAGCUGCUAGACAGAAGAUGGGAUUCGCACCAGGUCUCGACAGCGUCCAGACCCCGACAUCGUCAAACCUCACAGACGAUUCUGGCAGUGAACAUCACAACAAUAUAACGCAGGUCACACAUUGUCCUUCUGGGUUUGAGCCAUCGCGAGAACCAAAGUCUUUAAGAAACGUCGCUGUGCCCAUGUCUCCUGCUGCCGGGCAGGGCAUUCGUUUACAGAGCGGCGGGUCAGGCAACCUGACUGCGAACUUCGAUCAUUCAUUUCCUUCAUGGUCUACAGAACUAGGACCCACUAUGUUUGUGGGAGACAGUCUCCAAUUUGAUGGUUGGACGUCAGACCGAGUACUGGCACCGGUCACGAACACAACAACCGUUGCAAGCACCGCGCCACGCAGUGAUACUGGCACUACUGAUGUCGAGUACACUUCACAACCCGGCGAACCACUGCAACAUACAACCCGAGAUCCUUCGCUCUCCAUACUUGGGGCCCAAUUCCAACGUCCAAAAAACACCUGUCGCGCCCCCACUCCCAACGUCUCCGCACAUAUUCCCUGCGUAUACUGUUACAGCCAUUGGUGGGAGCACUCCUGCGAAGGACAGCCAUGCACCAAUUGUCAGAAAAAGGGUGUUGAUUGCCUGCGGCCCAAGUGCGCCGAUUUUGCCGAUUGUGCAAAAGGUUACAGGUGCAAGCUGGUGCAUGAAAACGACCCGCGCUAUUACGAUAUGAACUACUUGAUCACGCUGCCUAAAGCUGGCGCGAUGCCGAAGCGAAUUGGAACGAAGGCGAAGGCAAAAGAGGCACCAAGCGUGUUGGGCAAGCGUAAGGCAGACGCAAUCACUGAGGCUUGA